AUGGAGGAUGGCUCCAGGCUUCCGAAGGAAACACGGCUAACGGGAGAACAAGGCCCAAAGCUGAGCAGCCGAUUUUUCCGUUACAUCUGCUAUCCAGAGGCCAAAGCUGCGCUGGGGGGGGGGAAGUAGAUCAGCCUUAAAAUUAGGUUGUGUACAAGGCUCGGGGAUUUAAUGGUGCAGCCAUCUUCCAAAACACCACCUGGAUCCUCUCCCAGCACCCAUAGCAGGGACUUCAUCCACCUGGGGCCUCUCCCCAUCGGAACUGAGCAGCGAGCACCCUGCGAGGGGAGGAAGGGGAGGGUGGCCCAGACAGACAGACAGACAGAGCCGUUGCUCAAGUCUCAUUUCCUUAGAAACGGCGCUAAAAAUAAUCCCCUUUUCUUGCGGUCCUGUGCUCGGCGUGGUGCCGGGUCUGUUCCGGGGUGGGGGGGACACCCCCGUGCGGCACCAGUAAACAGGAUACGAGCGGCUGCGGCGGGGAGGCAGCGGCAGCAUCGUCCCAACCCUGGUGACAGCCGCCCUGCAGUCCCUCUCCAGAUGCUGGCAUCGCUGGUGCAUGCCCGGCACGCUGAGCCGCCGCCGUCACAGCCCCCCGCUUCUUGGCACCCGCCUAAGCCAGCACCCCGGGGUGCCCCCGCCGUGUCCCCCCGCCCCACCAUGGCGCUGGAGCUGGGGGCCGAGGCGCUGCUGGACCUGAGCUUCCUGACUGAGGAGGAGCGGCGUGCCAUCACCGAGGUGCUGCGCCGCGACUGGCAGCUCCGCCGGUGCGAGGAGGGGCGCAUCAGCAAGCUCCGCAAGUCGGUGUCGGACCCGGUGCGGCUGAGGAUCCUCACCGGAGACUGGUUCAGUGACGCCCGUGCCCAGCGCCACCGGCACCACCUGGGCUCCGACCUCGUCCGUGCCUCCAUCCGCCGCAGGAGGCGGCCCUGGGGAGGAGGGGACCCGGAGUGUGGUCCCAGCCUGGGUGAGCUGGAGGCCAUCAGCGAGCCACUGGCAGAGGAGAAGGAGGAUGAGGAUGGUGUGGUGGAGUCAGAGGAGAGCCCCGCUACGGAGGAGGCGCAGGCGGCCGCAGAGCCCCAGCGCAGCCCCAUGGCCCCUGCUCUGGAGGGGACCCCGGUGUCACAGCCUCCGCGGCAGGGUGACAGCCCACCGAGGGAGCAGGACGUCCUGCCCCAGCCAGGUAACACGGGAGGUGGGAACCCCUUCGGCACAUCCAGCGCGGAGGAAGACGAGGAGGAGCCCGACUCUGCACACAGCGGCCCCAAGGCUGGGCAGGGGCCGGGGACCCUCCAGACGGAUCGGGAGUCCCCCAGCCGGGUGUCCCCACAGAACGGCCACGCGCCCCUGGGCAGCCUGCUGACAGCCAGCUCCUCCGUGUCCAGCCUCAGCUCCUCCACGCUGAGCGGCAGCCUGAUGAGCCUGUACAGCGAGGGCGAGCUGGGCAGCGUGGCCGUGCGGGGCUGCGUCCAGUUCUCCCUCCGCUACGACCCGGCCAAGAAGGAGCUGCAGGUCCACGUGCUGCGGUGCCGCGAGCUGGCCGAGGCCAAGAAGCAGCGGUCGGACCCGUACAUCAAGACAUACCUGCUGCCGGAUAAGUCCAACCGCAGCAAGCGCAAGACCACGGUGCGGAAGAAGAGCUUGGAUCCCAUCUUCAAUGAGACCCUCAAGUACAAGCUGGAGAAGAGGGACCUGCAGGGCCGGACCCUGAACCUCUCGGUGUGGCACCACGACAGCCUGGGCAGGAACCUCUUCCUGGGGGAGGUGGAAAUCGCACUGGGCGCCUGGGACUGGGCCAACACGCGCCCCGAGUGGUUCAGCCUCCAGCCCCGGAUGCCCAUCUCCUCGGACGGCCUCGCCAGUCGAGGCAACCUCAACUUGGCAUUGAAGUUCAUCCCCGCUGGCUCGGAAGGCGGGGGGCUGCCACCCACGGGCGAGCUGCAUAUCUGGGUGAAGGAUGCUCAGAGCCUCAUCCCCCUGCAGAGCGGCACCGUGGACGCCUUCGUGCAGUGCUACGUGCUGCCGGAUGACAGCAAAGCGAGCCGGCAGAAGACGCGGGUGGUGAAGCGGAGCCUCAACCCCCUCUUCAACCACACCAUGGUGUACGACGGCUUCCAGGCCAAGGACCUGGCCGAGGCGUGCGCCGAGUUCACCCUCUGGCACCACGAAGCCUUUUCCAAGCGCCAGCUGGGUGGGAUCCGGCUCAGCCUGGGCACAGGGAGCAGCUACGGGCUGCCGGUGGGCUGGAUGGACUCGACGGCGGAGGAGCGGGGGGUGUGGGGACGCCUGCUCCAGCAGCCCGGGCAGUGGGUGGAAGCGCUGCUGCCCCUGCGGACCAACCUCGUCCCCCGGGCAUAG